UUUGUGUGUAGCUGUAGGCCCGGGACAGAGCAGCUCUCGGGGCUAAAGGCUAAAGGAGCUCAGAGGCUGUAAUCCCCGGAUGAAACAAUCAUGGCUGCCACUCGCUGAGCUGUCAAGCUGUCAAAAGAAGAGCCACCUCCACAGGACAUAAUAAACAACGUGUCAACAAGAAGAAUAGAGAUUGGCACAGACGGCUCCACCUCAGGAAGACUGUUGUUCACCCCCCAACUAUGCAAAGUGAAGAUAAGAGUGGACCAAAGAAGAUAGCAGAGGAGUCGGAGCAUAGCUCAGUGUGGUCUUCAUCAAAGAAGGGCUCCCAGGAAGCACAACAGGGUCUGUGCAGGAGAAAUGACAGCGGGAAUACACUCCGAUUCACAUGCUGUCAAUGCAGGGACAACUUGGAAUAUGGUCCCAAAGACUUAGUGAGACACUUUGAGGAAAAACACAGAGGGAGUCCUCCAGUUUUUUCAUGUCAUACAUGUAAUUUUAGUACGCAUGAGUUCUCCUACCUUCAGGUUCAUCUGUUAAGCCACAUGGACACUUUUUCUAGUUGCAGCAUUUGUAAUGACAACGUGCAACGCACAUGGUCUGAAUUCAGUGCACACCUGACUAUGUAUCACUGCUCAAAUGGCAAAUAUUCAUGUGAAAUGUGUCAUAAAUUCUCCACAGGUGAUGUUCAAGUAUUUUUAGGUCACAUGUAUGUACAUACCUUGGGCCUAGAAGGAGCUAAUGAUGAUCUGUGGCUGCACACACAGGAGAAAAAUCUAUUUGGGCCGAAAACAACCACUCAGACGCUACGUUGUCAGCAUUGUGGCUAUGAGGCAUCUCAGAAACGGUUGAUUACUAAGCAUGUUAAUGCUGUCCAUGUUUACCAGAAUGGUAAUCGGAGGAAGAAGACAAAGGAUUUGUAUCCCUUAGCAAUGAAACCAACUGAACCAAUCCCAAAAAUGAAGACUAGAUUAACAAGAAGUGCAGUUAGAGAAAUGUGCUGGCUGACACAGGAGUGCCUGUCUCUGCCAGGGAGAGAAUUCCUGGAUAAAUAUUGCCAUCUGUCAGAUCCACAAACAACACUAGAGGAGACUCAACAGUUUUUGAUGGAAUCUGUCACAGGGGAAACAGAUGACCAGAAAUGGACCAAGGCUCUUAAAACCGUUUUGUCAAACGUCCCUCAAGAUAUAAAUCUUCACCCAAAAUCCGAGAAUGGCAUCGUGUUGAACCCGUUGGAUCUUACUUACUUUACAGUCAAGAGCAAGAUAACUGCUGCUCAGAAUAGGGCUUCUUAUGCCACGAGGUUGAAAAGGAUGACAUCACCAGAUAAAGAAAGUGUUUUCACUGAAAGUGUUGCUGAUGAUCCUUGUUGUGUAGUUGACCAAAAUGGGUGUCAGUCAAAAUUGAAUGCGCACACACUUUGUACACAGACUGAAAUCAAACAAAAUAAUGACAAUUCAGUGUCAGCCCAGGAUGAGCCAUUUGAGAGCAUCCAAAUGCAGGAGAACAGAGAAAAUCGGGAUUUAAAGACUGCUCAGGAGGAGCAUAGUAAAUGCCAGGAGUCUAUGGAUGACAUUGGAAUUAAUAUUGCCAGUGAGCUGAAGCUGACAAAUGAGAGUGAAGACCAAACAUGCAUUCAAAAAGUGCUGUUCGAAAUGAAGAGAAGGAAUCAACGACAAAAAAGAAACACCAGAUCUAAAAAAGCAGAUAAAAGAUCAUCUAGAUUGGCCUUAAAGCUAGUCCUGAAGAAGAAUCCUGUGAAGGAGAAGCAGUGGGUGUCACAGAGCUUUUUGUCUUCAUCAGGAGGUGGUGCAACAGACCAUGGACUGCCAGAUCUUCAUAAAACAAUGGAGGAGACAGCACAGAUUCUUCAAAUUGCACAGCUAACAGAAGUGCACCAGGAGAAGGGGACCAAAGCUUCAGUGACUGACCUGCCUUACCCCUCUGAAGCCACCACUUCAAUUCCACAUUUGAAGCCAGAGGAAAAACACAGUCCCAGUUACUCUGCAAAGCCAAUGGGCUCUAAAACAAUGGAUGAAAAUGAGCCUGUCAUGCUUGAAAGCUCGCUGUUGGUGCAUCAAGAAAUACCAGAUGACACAGAAAAGUCACUGCUGUUCUUGGAAAGAGAAGCUGACAAGAGAAGUUCAGAUGGUGAGACUGGCCAGUCAAAUUCGAUGGCUGCAGCAGAGCUGUGUCCCGAGAAUGUGUCAGGCAAUGGCAUGGACUACCACGUGUCAGAGGAAAGGAAGAGUUCAACAGCAGAUGGAGUGACUCCUCAUAGCAGUUGCACUGUUUCCCAGCUGGUUAUUACAUCACAAGGCAUGAUUAACUUGGAAGAGUCGGGCCUUGCUCUUUCUGUACAACAGAGUGUUGAGGGGAUGGCAGAUGGAGAAUUUCCUGCAAACUCCUGCUCAGAUCCCCUCGGCAGUCCCCAUUUGCCUAUGGGAAAAGCAAUCCAACAGGAGCUCUCACCAGCUUCUGGGCAUCAGUGGCAGCUGGUCCCAAAAACCCUAGAGAGGACCCUGAAGUUAGUAGCCAUAAACCCAUCUCAGCUAGUAAAGCGUCCGGCAGGAGCCCAGCCUGUUGUGGUGCUAAAUCAUCCAGAUGCUGACAUCCCUGAGGUGGCUAGGAUCAUGGAGGUUGUCAACAGGUACAGAGGAAAGGUGCAGAAGGUCAUUCUGUCACGCAGGACUCUGAACGCUCUCUCAGCUGUGAACGGUAAGACAAACGACCCACCAGAUGCCCAACCCGAUUCUCUGGGUCACGGUAAAAACUCCUUACAGGAGAGGUUUAUUUUGAAGUUGAAACUUCGGAGGUUGAGCAGGAAAAAAUAUGAAGUAGUGGGUGCGAGCUCUCCAAGCAGGGAUAUCGUGACCGGGUUUCGGUGCUGGUUUUGUGGCAGGGUCUUUGCAAGUCAGGAAAUGUGGAUGAUCCAUCGGCAGCGACAUUUGAUGGAGUGGAAAAGGCCAAACUGUGAAAACUCGAUUGUCGCACACACUGGAUAACAAGAAAAACUAGUCUGGAAAAAAAGAUGACUUCACAAUACAACAAAACAUUGAUGGAAACAGUGAUUGCCAGUUUUUAAAGUCUUAAUUAAGGAUAGUCGUUUUUGAGCAGAAUCACCUCGUCUCACUUUUCAUUCUCAGGGUAAUAUACGCAUUUACCUUUUGUUUCUCUCCCAGUCUCAGUAGCUUGAUACAAAAGAUUUGUAGAGUAAUUAUUUGUACAGCCACAAGGAUGUGGUGCUGUCUUUGCAUUGUUUGUAUUUUGUCUAUGCAGUAGCUGUAUUUAAGGUGAUAUAAGGACACUGUUGUAUGGAAUUUUUAUUAUAGAACACUGUAAUAUGUAAAUAUGCCAUAUAAUCUAAAUUUUAUGAGUCAGUUUAUUUACGGGUAGGCCGAAACAGUGUGGUAGCUAUCACAUUUUGUUUUUGAAAGGGGACGCAGAGACCCACAAGUUACUCAGAUAUACCAAAACUGUUAAAAAAAAAAAAAAAAAAA